AUGUUUCAGUGCGGGCAUCCCAAGCGAGCUGCCAUCGAAACAACUUUCCAUUGCGAAGCGCCACCAACGCUUCCCCCGACAGACCGCUUCUCAUUCCGCGAAGCUCCAUGGGCCGAUAUCAACAGGGAGUUAAGAGACCUAGAGACGGAAAUCAUCGAUAUCACAGACUCUCUGGAGCUGGACGCGACUGUGGGGCGCUUGACUGGUCGGAUAAGCGCAGCAAUUCGCCAACUGGCCCCGGUUGCACGGCCAUCUCCAUACGGCAAACGAUGGUGGACUCCGGAGUUGACGGCAUUGCGAGACACAUACACAUGGGCUCGAAAUCGGCGCACGCAAGCUCGCCGGUAUGGAGUCGAUCUUGCUGCACUAGAUGACACCGCAUCGUACCUACGGAAACAGUACCACCGAGCAAUCCGUGACGCCAAGCGACGGCAUUGGAGAGAGUUCCUCGAUAAUACUGACAACAUUUGGAAAGCGGCACGAUACCUCCAGCCGGGAUCCCUAUCCAUGGGGAUAGUCCCCACACUGCGCUCGGGUGAGCAGACGAUCAAUGACGACCAGGGAAAGGCCCAUGCACUCCUUGAGACCUUCUUCCCCCCGCUGCCCAAUGUCCAGGACGAGCCCCCCAGAGACAGGUUGCUGCCAGACGCCCUCCCGAUGGAAACGAUCACUAAACACGAGAUUGAAGUGGCUCUGAUGAGAAUGGCAUCGUGGAAAGCCCCCGGACCAGACGCGCUGCCGGUGGUGGUGUGGCAACAAAUGUGGCCUACCGUGAAGCACUGGGUCGUCGAAAUCUUUCAAGCGUCACUCCGACUCGGCUACUUUCCUCGCGCUUGGAAGGUUGCUAAGAUCGUGGUGAUACCCAAAGGUGGACGUGACUCAUCGUUGCCGAAAUCAUACCGCCCUAUCUCGCUGUUGGCGACGCUUGGAAAGGUACUAGAAGCAGUCGUCGCCAACAGAAUCUCCGCCCUUGUCGAAAAACACCAGCUACUGCCGCUGAAUCAUUUUGGGGCUCGUCGGAGGCGAUCAUGCGAACAAGCACUUAACAUAUUAAUAGAAAAGAUACACGAUGCGUGGCGCGAGGGCAAAGUCCUCAGUCUCGUGAGCUUCGAUGUCAAGGGUGCCUAUAACGGUGUGGAUCGGAAUGUCCUAUUGCGGAGGCUGCGAGAACGAAGGGUCCCGGAGGUCCUGAUCCGAUGGGUUGAUAGUUUCUGCUCCUCGCGACGGGCGUCGAUUGUCGUGAACACGUACCAGUCCGAGGAAAUGGCCAUCGAGCACGCGGGCCUGCCGCAAGGCUCGCCGCUCUCUCCUAUUCUCUUCCUGUUCCUGAACGCAAAUCUGGUGGAUGUGUCCAUCACUAGAAGAAAGGGAGCAAUCGCUUUCGUCGACGAUUAUACACGAUGGACGGUGGGCUCGUCUGCUGAGGCGAAUACCACCGUACUGCAGCGGAAGGUCAUCCCACGAGCGUUAGAAUGGGCGGCGCAGUCUGGCGCGGCUUUUGAGGCAGAGAAGACAUCGUUCACCCACUUCACGAGGAACCAGCGGCAGCGCCAACUUCCCGCGGUCCCGCUACACGUGAAUGGAGCGACUGUCACCCCGGCGCCUGAAAUCAAGAUUCUCGGCGUGAUAAUUGACCAGGGGUUACGGUUCAAAUCACACAUCGGAAAGGCUGCAAACAAAGGGAUGAAAGCCGUCCUUGCACUGAGACGACUGCUCGGUUUACCCCCUUCAGUAGCUCGCCAGCUCUUCACCUCCACGGUCGCAUCGAAGAUUGACUACGCAGCAUCGGUAUGGUGCCCUAUACGACAGGAUGCUAUUGUUGCGGCGGGAAUCGCACGGCCGUUCGAAGUCAUCCAGCGAGUCGCGUCUCAGGCGAUCGUGGGCGUGUUCCGAAGCACAGCCCUCGCCAUCGCCGAGGCAGAGGCGGGGAUUGAACCAACUGUCGUACGCCUUCGAGCACGCAUCUUGAAGCAUUGGAUUGUCUGCCACACCUUACCAAAGGAUCACCCCUUCUGGUCCUGUCGAGCGGCGGCCGCCAUGCAGGAUGGGAGGUAUCUAUCACCGUUCAAAAUACUGGCGAAGCACGGACCCCAAUGCUUGUCUGACAUGGAGGUCAUUCGACCCUUCCCUCUAGAUCCGCGGCAACGGUCUCUUGGGGAGUUGAUUGCCACCGUCGGAUCCGACAUGCAAGAGUUGCACGAAGCCGGCCAUGCCCGUCUCUGGUUGUUCACCAGUGUCAGCGUCCGCAAUGGUCUGGUCGGAACGGGGCUAGUAGUUCGUGUUAAUCAAGUGGACAUAGUCUCGUCAAAUCGGACCGUCGGCACUGAAGACGCACUCAAUGCCCACUUCGCACAGCUGGGGGUGGUGUCAGAGGCUGUCGCGUAUGUUAAAACGAUGCUCCCUCGUAUCCAGAUGUCACCGUGGAAAGUCCAGGUUACGAUCGUUGUGAACAACCCCGCCGUCCUGCUGUCGCUUGCAAAGCCACGUCUCCAAGGCGGACAGGCUCUGAUCACUCAGAUCACGGAAGCACUCAACCAGCUGUUGGAGAUGGGGGCUAAGGUCAGCCUGAAGCCACCAACAGAUAAAGACUGUGAGAAAACUACACGAGCACAUACCCUCGCACGCAAAGCAGCAGAAGUGAACAGCGAGGUUAAUCCCCCGCCGUGGGCGCGAGUCCAGCUCCGGGCGUCGGCGUUGCGAUGGGCUCGGGCGAAUGUUAAACAGCAUCGGAAGGACAACUUCCAACUGUGGACAACCGGGCAGUUCACACGCCAGCUGGAUUCAGCUCUCCCAGGACCCCACACGAAGAUGCUGUAUGAUAGCCUCGAUCGAGAGAAAGCAUCGAUACUAGCUCAGCUCCGCACGGGACAUGCCAGACUGAAUGGAUAUCUUCAUCGAAUCGGCAAGACUGAUAGUGAUUUGUGCGAAUGUGGCGUCGAGCGCGAAACAGUCCCACAUUUCUUGCUUCGAUGUACACGGUGGAAUGAACAGCGUCGCGCACUGAUUGAAGCCGUGGGUCCGAACCUCGGCAGUUUGUCGCAGAUGUUAGGAGGUAAACCUGAGAUUGUAGGGGAUGCGAGUGAACCGAAUGAUAGAGCAUGGAAACCCGACGUCAGGAUUGUCAGAGCCGUCAUCGCGUUUGCAAUGGAGACGGGACGGCUGGCUCCUGAAGGGUGA